CGACUUAUCUAGAAUCCAAAUGAACAGAUUUGUAAUUUUGUUAGUCAGAAAAUUUAUAAAUAAAUCCAGUUUGACUAGAAAAUAUUAUCAAAAAAUUUAUCCUUUCGGACAAAGGCCUUGAGGAGACAAAACUGAAGUCUACGACGUUAAUCCUUUCGAGUGAAUUAAAAAAAAUAGAAAAAAAAAACAAAUCAAAGAAACGUAAGGAGAAGUUUCGUUUUUCUCGAGACCUUGAAUCGUUUCGAAGAUUUUUGGUAAUAAAGGAUGAAGAUUCAGUGUAACGUCUGCGAGACGGCGGAAGCGGCGGUGCUAUGUUGCGCCGAUGAAGCCGCGUUGUGUUUGGCUUGCGAUGAGAAAGUUCACGCCGCUAAUAAACUCGCCGGGAAACACCAGAGAGUCCCUCUCUCUGUCUCUUCCUCCUCCAAACCCAAAUGCGACAUUUGUCAGGAAGCUACUGGAUUCUUCUUCUGUCUGCAAGAUAGAGCUUUGCUAUGUAGGAAAUGUGAUGUUUCAAUCCACACAGUGAAUCCUCAUGUUUCAGCUCACCAGCGGUUUCUUCUGACUGGGAUUAGAGUUGGUCUUGAAUCUACUACGGACACAGGUCCUUCUACACCGUCCAACGAUGACAAAACCAACGAGAGGAAACCACCUACAUCUGAGCCUCAAAAGAUGGACUUUGAUGAUCAUAAUCAUCAGGUGGGUUUACCGGAAACUAAAGUCAGUGAUCACAUUUCUACAAAGCUUCCUAUUGCAAGCAGUGGAUCAGCAGCUACUGGAAGCAUUCCUCAGUGGCAAAUUGAUGAGAUUUUCGGAUUAACCGACUUUGAUCAGAGCUAUGAAUACAUGGAGAACAAUGGAUCAUCUAAGGCGGAUACUAGUAGGCGAGGAGAUUCAGACAAUUCUUCAAUGAUGCGGUCGGGAGAGGAAGAUGGAGAAGAUAACAGUAACUGUUUGGGAGGAGGUGAGACAUCAUGGGCGGUUCCACAGAUUCAGUCUCCACCAACAGCUUCUGGUCUAAACUGGCCUAGACAUUCUAACCACCACUCAAUGUUUGUUCCGGAUAUAUCUUCUUCAGCUCUUAACACCGGUUCAUCCCCUAACCAGAGGGUUGGGAAGCGGAGACGGUCCUAACAACUGCAACUCGCUAUGUAGUCAAUGCUUAUGAUUUCUCUCUAGAGGCUUCUACUAGUCACCGGAAACAUUUCUCUAUGUAUCACAAAAACAUUACACAGCAUUUGUCAGAAAUCAAUUAAUUUAUUUUGCA